GGAAAACUAGGGACAACUAACCGGAUCAAUACAGCGGAAUACAAUUCACAAUUCACAAGUCCCAAUCCUUUUUCCCUCUUUGUGCAGUAAAAACAGAAUCAAACAAUGAACAAAUAUAAUGCAACAAUCACACAAAUCAACGCCAAGAUUUUUACGUGGAAAACCCGAUGCGGGAAAAACCACGGGACCGGAGUCCACCUAAAAACUUCCACUAUCACAAAUAAUGGGUUCACAAUUGUUCUUCCUCAGAUUCAACUAAGGGCUACAACAAAUAUAUCAUCAAGAACAACUUAUUCUCGGAUUACAACAAGAUUAAAGAGAGUAAUGUUAGAGAAAAGCUCACAACACUGACAGCCCCGUUUUCUGUCAAAACGACCAGCUUCCACACCACCAAUCUUCAAUCCAACCGUUCAGAAUGAAGAGGAACGUGUCUAGAAGCUGCUGUCAAAAUCUCAGCCCAAUCCAACGGUGAACGAACUGGAAAUCGAAGAAAGAAGACAGACUGCUCUGCUGCCUCUUCUUCCUUUCUUUCUCUCGGUUUUCUCUUCUCUCUUCUGUUUCUCUCUACUGCGUCUACAGUAGCCGAACCAUUUUAAUUUAAACCAAAGAGGCAGCCAGCUGCCUCCUUAAUUAAUGUGGUGGUCCCCCCAUCACAUGGUGCGGGACCACACAACAAUUUCUUCUGGCAUCGACGUGAUGAAGCCUAAAAUUCAUAAGUAUGGAGAAAAGGGAGGGCAAGAACGGCAAGAAGUACAUUUGUAUAAUACAAUUCCAGACCAAAUGGAGAGUCGUGCAGAAACUCCUUUGAUUUUGGCUACAAAGUCAGGCUGUGUGGAGAUUGUUGAGGAAAUACUCAAAGCAUAUCCCCAGGCAGUUGAACACAUUGAUGAUGAUGGGAGAAAUGUACUGCAUGUAGCAAUCAAAUACCGCCAACUGAAGAUUUUUAAGCUUGUGACACGAAUGGAAGUGCCUAUGAAGAGGCUGGGAAGGAAGAUUGAUAAGGAUGGGAAUUCCAUUCUACACAACGUCGGAAAGAAAUCGAAGGAUGUUGUAUCUGAUGAGAAGAUGGAAGGUCCUGCAUUCCUAUUACAGGAAGAGUUACUCUGGUUUGAGCGCGUCGAAAAAGUCACUCCAUCCCAUUUCCAGGGUCAUCGGAACAAUAAGAUGCUCACUGCAGAAGGGUUUUUCUUUACUGCAAACUCUGAACUCCGCAAUUUAGCCAAAGAAUGGCUAAAGACAACAGCAGAAGGAUGUUCUGUGGUAGCAGUUCUCAUUGCCACCGUUGCCUUUGCUGCAGCCUACACGGUUCCAGGAGGUCCGAAUCAGAGCACUGGUGUUCCUGUCCUCGUCAACAAACCAUUCUUUGUGGUUUUCACUGUGGCAGAUGUACUCUCCCUUACCUUUGCUUUGACAGCAGUCGUUACCUUCCUCUCUAUCCUAUCAUCGCCGUUUCGAUUUAAAGAUUUCAAGCAUAUACUUCCUAAUAAGUUGAUGAUAGGCUUCACAUUUCUGUUCUUUUCCGUGGCUAUGAUGAUGGUAGCAUUUGGAGCAACAAUCCUUCUGAUGAUAUACAGUAAGGAAAGUUGGGAAAAAAUUACUCUAUAUGCAGUCUCCUUUAUCCCAGUUAGCAUCUCUGCACUCGUUUAUUUCCCUCUUUAUUCAUCACUAUCAAAAACCUACAAUUACUUGCUCAAGAAGAUUCCCCUCAUUAAACAUAUUCUAGCUAUACCUUGGAAGAUCUCCAAAUCUUUGAAAUGUUGUUGAGUCGAAACCACUGAUACCCACAUUCCAUGCCCACAUGCAAUUAUCCUACACUAAAUCCUUUCCAUUUUCUGAAAUGUGAUGCCUGGUUACGUACGUGUUAGCACAAGUAUUGGUUUCUGUCUGUAAACAGCUACCCAUGGAUGAUUACAAGUAUGAUCAUAAUUAUGUGAUUAGUUAUUGGUUUGUGAAUUUUAAGGAUUCAAAAAAUAUAAUAUUCUGAUGCGUGCAA